AUGGCGGAACUAGCGCACGCCAUUCCGGCGGUUGACAUGAUCAACGCAACCUCGAGACUUCAACUCGAAGCCGCUGAGGUACGAGCAAGCAAACCUAAUUGGGGAUCUUAUCUUCGUUCAUCAAUGAUUCCGCAAGAGGACUACAAUUUCAUCUCAGCUUAUGAAAAUGCAAAGAGCAAAGAGGAGCGUGACGCUGUCCUGUCAGCCAACGAUGCAAAUGGCCAAGCGGUCCGUACAUAUGUGAAUCUGAUAACGAAUGUGGCAAAGGAUCAAAACGUGCGCUACGUGCUUACUCUACUAGAUGACAUGUUACAGGAAGACAAAAGUCGCGUCGAAAUCUUCCACAAUGCGGCUCGAAAGCAGAAGCGGACCGUAUGGUCGUGGUUCCUUGGAAUUCUUCAGCGACAGGAUAAUUUUAUAGUCAAUCAGAUGAGCUCUAUCAUCGCCAAACUGGCAUGUUUUGGUUCGACUCUAAUGGAGGGGUCGGAGCUCAAUUACUACUUUUCCUUCCUGAAGGAUCAGCUGAAGAGCGCAUCGACUAACGAGUACAUGAACACUACUGCGCGCUGUCUGCAGAUGAUGCUUCGCAAUGAUCAGUACAGGCACGCUUUUGUAGAAGCGGAGGGAAUUCAAUCAAUUGUUGCCGCAUUGAAUGGAAAGGCGAACUUCCAACUACAGUACCAAUUAGUAUUUGCACUCUGGUGCUUAACAUUUAGUCCCGAUAUUGCACGCCGUACUCCCGCACUUGGUGUAAUUCAGGCUUUGGGGGAUAUUCUCUCGGAGUCAUCUAAAGAAAAGGUGAUACGUAUCAUUAUGGCGACGUUCAGCAACAUCCUCAGGAAAGUCGAUGAACGGGAAAUCAAAAAAGAGGCUGCAUUGCAGAUGGUGCAAUGUAAGACACUUAAGACACUUGAACUAAUGGACGCGAAGAAAUACGAUGAUACGGAGUUGGAGGAGGACAUCGAAUUUUUAAGCGAACAGCUGCACCUUUCUGUUCAAGACCUCAGCUCGUUCGACGAGUACUGUAGCGAAGUUCGUUCUGGUCGACUUCAGUGGUCCCCUGUCCACAAAUCGGACAAAUUCUGGCGUGAAAAUGCACCUCGCUUUAAUGAGAAAAAUUUCGAACUUAUAAAAAUUCUGAUCCGACUUUUGGAAACUAGUCAAGAUCCUUUGAUCCUUUGUGUUGCUGCGCAUGACGUUGGGGAAUAUGUACGACACUAUCCUCGGGGUAAAACUGUGAUUGAACAAUACCAAGGGAAGCAAGCUGUCAUGAAACUUCUAACCGCUGAAGAUCCAAAUGUUCGUUAUCAUGCCCUACUCGCCGUCCAAAAACUAAUGGUGCAUAACUGGGAAUACCUCGGAAAACAGCUUGAUACCGAUUCAUCGGAGGCGGUGGCUGUCAAAUGA